AUGGGUAGCCAAUCUCUGAGUGGUCUCGCCAACAAACUAUUCGUCGGCAACCUUCCUGAGCAUUGCGAUCCCGUCAAAUUGAAGCAAAUCUUUUCGUGCCACAUCCGGGUGACCCAUGUCGAUAUUGUCAAGAACUAUGCUUUUGUGCAUGUACAAGAGGAGGACACACCGCGCAUCGACGAGAUCAUCCGCAAGCUCGACGGCUACCAAUUUGAGGGUCACCUCUUGAACAUGAAAAAGUCGACCUCAAAGAUGCGCGGCACCGUCCUUGGGCAAGAUACCACGUGCUUCCGAUGUGGAUCAGCCAUUCACAAGACCGUUAGCUGUCCACAUGCUGAACCACCGCGCCCUACCGCCAUCGGGUCCACCGAAGUUUUUCGUGUCGAUUUGACGAAACGUCCCUCCGACGGGCUUGGUGGACCUGAGCCCAAGCGCCCGGCUGUGAACACUCCUGUCGACGUUGACCAAGAACUAUCUCAGCCGAUCGACCAUGAGGUGAUACCGGCCUACCAGCAGUACAUGGAAACGCGUUAUAAAUACAUGUAUCUCAAGGACCGUUUGAUUCGGGAGCAGCAGGCUCGCCAGCGUGUCGUCACUUAUAGUACCGGACAAAUUGUUCCUUUGAUGCACAUUCCAUUGCCCCCGCAGGCGGCUGCAUGUGCAUAUCAUACGGGUCAGCCGAACUACGCGCCUUCUACCUUUACGGCUCCUGCUCCAGCGCCGUCGGCGCCUUAUGUUUCUGCCCUGAACUCUGGCGUGACCUCUACUAGCGCCUAUGGUCAGGCUCCCACUGCUCCGUAUGCCUCUCAGGCGCCGACCUACAAUAGUCAAGUGGUGGAGCAGAAGCCCUACAGUUACCAGCAAAUUCCGGUGAUCCCGUCUCUCCAUGCUCCAUACCAGGCUGCUAACACUGCGUUCCCUACGCCUUCGAAUUCCAACGAAUCUCUACUGGACACUAGUCGUCCAUCGAACGAUUAUGGCGACCAGAGAGUUGUGCAUUUGCAGAGAUCGGUACCCGCCGGCCACGCGGGCUGGCUUGUGCCGCCGCCGAUCUCCCAGCCGCGCGGAAAU